AUGCCGCCUGCAGAAUGGACAACACCAGAACAGAAAGCUUUCCUUGAGUCGAAGUACAACGAUUUUUUGAAGGCACAAGUCGGGGCGUCUGUCACGCAAUUCUGGGGCCCUGUGUUCUCAGAGUGGUUCAGAAGGUUUCCGGAGGAACUUGCGAUUUUUGGCGAAGCGCCGGGAGUCUUGUCAGAAGAGCAAAAGGAGGCGAAAGGUACAGCUGUUGAUCUCAGGCAAAAGAAAAUCAAGAAUUGGUUUAAUUACCGUUCUCAGAAAAGCGGCCGCACUGCUGUAAACGCAAUGGGUAAAACAAUCCGACAGAUACUUACCAGCAAAGCCAAGGGCACCCGCGUCCACACCGAGGCUGAAGUUUUCUCGAAAAUGAGGUAUGCAGAUGAUAUUCAGCAGCAAGUGAAGGAGAGCAUCGCUUCAAACGGCCUUACCAAGAGGGAAAAGUUGGGAGCUGUGAAAUUGAUGACACGCACAGCUUAUGAGGACGCGAGUGAGGAUGUGAAGGCCUUGUGUAGGGCAAAGGUUCAGGCGGAACGGGAUGCCAAGGCAUCGGAAGUCCUCAAGAAGCCAGAUGGGGCCCCUACCAAUGCUCAAUAUGCUAUGGCACUUACUGAGUGUAUGGGUCCGAUUUCACAAUUCAUGCAAGUCAUCAAAGACAUGACGGGUUGGGAAUGGAGUCUGAUCGGCGCUGGACCAGACCCGCGUUUGGACGGCAAUAUUAAUGCUAUGAGUUACCAUUCAGGUGUGAAUGCAACUGGUCUCAAUUGGAAACAAGCGACACCGCAAUUCAACGAGACACACUUGAAGGUGUAUGUCGACUUCAUUGGCACAAUUUUUCCACCGCACAUCAGGAAGACACGUGCAAUCAACUAUGAUGCUUCAGCAUCUAGUAGUACGCCAUCCACGCCAUCCGCUUCCCAGCCACUUGAUUCUGGCUGCUCUCAGCCAGAUGCACUUACCAUAACACCUCCGGCUACAACAUCUGUUCAAUCACCGCCUCUGGUUUUAUCUGCACCCCCUGCUUCCACUGAGCUCUACAACCUCCAACAUGACCCAUCCGUCUCCUUCCCCAAUGUCGGUCUGCAGUCAUCCAACGGAUACGGCCUCCAAGACGUCUCAUUCACAAAAGAUCCCACAGAAUCAUUUGACGCGCCGAAUUGGGAAAAUCCGCCGCCUCUUCUCCGCCCCUUACUUGACGGAUCUCCAAGCAUGCCCAAUGGAUCUACAAGCACUUCCACCUGGGGGACGCCACCUGCACUGCGAUCAUUCCUGUCUUCAACAAACUCUUUCCCCCCUGCGCUACAGUUGUCCCCAAUCACACCACGUUCGUUUACACAAUCGGCAGCAUCGCACUCGCUACCUUCUUUGCCACCUAUAGCAACCCCACAAUUCACGUUCCCGUCACUCCCUUCGCACUCGCUACCUUCCUUGCCACCUAUAGCAAUCCCACAAUUCAUGUUCCCGUCACUCCCUUCCCACUCCCUUCCACGUCACUCCCCAGUUCUCCCUUCACAGGUUCUCCCUUCACCGGUUGUCGCUGCCCCGGCUGUCGCUGCCCCAGUUCUCGCUUCUUCGGUUCUCCCUGCCCCGUCACUCCCUUCUUUGGUUCUCCCUGCCCCGUCACUCCCUUCUUUGGUUCUCCCUGCCCCGUCACUCCCUGCCCCGGUUCUCCAUUCCCCGUCACUCCCUGCCCCAGUUCUCCCUUCCAUACCUCCUGCGUCUCCUGCGGCGGAGACUCCACAAAACGGAGAAGUGCUACAUAGCGCACCAGAGAAAACACUCAAGGUAAAACGAAAGCGUGCGUCAAAGGCUGUCGACACAGGCAUGCAGGUUAUCGAGUCUGCUGAUCCGAAUACACUGCGAAAGACUGGUCGUAUUCGGCAGGAGUCCACCCGUAUGGCGCAGGCGAACCAAAUUGGCCAAAUCAACAAGCGAGCGAGAACUCGGAGAUAG